AUGGCGAAGAAUGAACCAAAUAUCGCCGUCACCUCCGGCGCCGCGAUCGACGACACCGCGCCGGAUAAUGUCCUCAAGCAGCUGCGCAACUUGAAGGACCACCAUCACUGGGACCCCAACCUGCCCGAUGAUGUGGUUGAUGAGAUGGAGGAGGCGCUCCAGACCUCCGACAAGGAUACUCAGUUGGGCAUUGCACACGAGCUCAUCGACAACUCGCCCUACCCAGAGGUGCGAGCCGCUGUUCCUAACAUCGAUGAGGGCGGGCACAGCAACACCAUUCGUGCCUGGGUCAUCGGUCUGCUGUUUGCAACCAUUGGAUCAGCGCUGAACAUGCUGUUCUCCAUGCGCCAGCCCUACAUUGUCAUUCCAUCUUACAUCGCCCAGGUCGUUGCCUACCCAGUCGGCAAGGCCUGGGAGCGAUUCAUGCCCCAGAAGAAAUUCACCGUUUUCGGUCACACAUUUGACCUCAACCCUGGCCGAUUCAGCAAGAAGGAACACGCCGUUGUGGUCAUCAUGGCCAACGCCACGUUUGGAGGAGGUGCCGCCUAUGCGACGGACGUCCUGCUCGCACAGCGCGCGUUCUACGGUCAAAACUUUGGCUGGGCCUUUGAGAUCUUCAUGUGUAUGUCGACGCAGAUGCUGGGCUUCGGUAUGGCUGGCUUCUUCACCAGGUUCUUGGUCGAGCCGGUAGCCAUGAUCUGGCCGGCGACUCUGAUCAACUCGGCCCUCUUCUCGGCGCUGCAUGACCACUCUAAGCCGGAUCCACGUAAGACGGCCGGAUGGUCGAUUGGAAGAUAUCGUCUGUUCCUUUAUACCAUGAUUGGAUCCUUCUGCUGGUACUGGUUCCCGGGAUAUAUUGCUCCAUUCCUCAGUGUCUUCGCCUGGGUGACCUUUAUCAAGCCCAACAACGCCGUCAUCAACCAGUUGUUCGGAGGCUGGACCGGUAUCUCACUCCUUCCCAUGACAUUCGACUGGACUCAGAUCUCCGGCUUCAACUUUAGCCCUCUGAUUGCCCCGUGGUACGCCAUAGCCAAUACCCUGAUCGGCAUGGUCAUAUUCUUCUGGAUUGUCACCUCGGCCAUCCACUUCUCCGGCAUGUUCUACUUCCAGCACCUCCCCAUCAGUGACUCGAACAGCUACGACAACACCGGCCAAUUAUAUAAUGUCAGCAAGAUCUUGACACCCGAGUAUACUUUUGACCCAGUCAAGUAUUCUCAGUACUCCCCCUUGUUCUUAUCGACCACCUUCACCCUUUGCUAUGGCCUGUCGUUCGCCGGCAUCAUCGCCGUCAUCGUUCACACCGGUCUCUUCCAUGGCACCGAUAUUUGGGCCCGUUUCCGUCGUAUUGGCAGAGAGGAUGAGGACGUUCACAACCGCCUGAUGUCGCGAUUCAAGCCCGUCCCAAUCUGGUGGUACAUCGCCGUGUUCCUCGUCAUGAUUGCCAUGGCUUUGGGAGUGGUCCUGGGCUUCCCCACGCACUUGAGCUGGUGGGCCUUCUUCAUUGCACUGUUCAUCUCGGCCGUAUGGUUCGUUCCUCUGGGAAUUAUCAUGGCCUCGACUAACAUCUCGAUCGGAUUGAACGUCAUCACCGAGUUCAUCGUCGGAUACAUGCAGCCCGGUCGCCCCAUGGCCAUGAUGUUGUUCAAAACCUACGGCUACAUUACCAUGUACCAGGGAUUGUACUUUACCCAGGACUUGAAGCUUGGCCACUAUAUGAAGGUCCCUCCUCGCGUCACUUUUUCUGCGCAAAUGGUCGCGGCUGUGUGGUCGUCCCUCGUGCAGAUCGCCACGAUGAAUUGGGCGCUGGGCGCCAUCAAAGACGUUUGCAAAAAGAAUCAGGCCAACCACUACAACUGCCCGAACGGACGCGUCUUCUUCAACGCCUCCGUCAUCUGGGGUGUCAUCGGACCUCAGCGCAUCUUCUCCGUUGGCCAGAUGUACUCACCAAUGCUGUUCUUCUGGAUCGCUGGUUUAAUCUUGCCAAUCGUGAUCUACUUCGGUGCACGGGCAUUCCCUCGCAGCCCUAUUCGGUAUCUCAGCGCCCCCUUGAUCUUCAGCGGGGCCAAUCUGAUUCCCCCGGCGACACCUCUAAAUUACCUCAGCUGGGGUAUCGUCGGCUUUGUUUUCAACAAAUUCAUUCGUGACCGCUGGCGCGGUUGGUGGAUGCAGUAUAACUACGUUCUAUCCGCGGGUCUGGACGUUGGCCUUGCCCUGUGCACAAUCCUGAUUUUCCUGACUCUCGACCUCACGAGCACCAACUUCCCCUCGUGGUGGGGGACAAAGAUUGCCGCCAGCACCAUGGAUGCAACCGAUACGGCCAUCCAGGUUCCGCUUGCCAAGGGUGAGAAGUUCGGCCCGACUUCAUGGUAA